CUCCUUGUGAGAAAAGCAGUUGAAAUUCAUGGCUGGUUCCUCAGGUGCUCUGAUUUGGCUGCGGAAGGUGCGACUCCGCAUUGAGAAUUCACAGGUAGGACAGGUGGACUGGACUGUCUGCAUCUGGGAUCUGAGAGGGUCCAGCAACCCCAGAGACUGAAAUGCAGGUUUCCUGACUUUGCAACAGGGUUGUUUUCAGUGACUGCCAACUAUCACCAUCGUCAUCACCAAUAAUAAAUAAUGAUAAUUGAUGUGGUUUUGUCUGAAAUUUAGCUGCCGAAGCUGUUCUAUAAAGGUAAUUUCCCCUCUUGCAUGUCAAGAGGGUGUUAAAUACACUGGAGCAGGGCCAAGGGAAGAAACUGGCAACCCAGGUUGCUCCUGAAUCUGCUUGCUUCCCAAACACCCUCAUGCCAAUCAGGCAGAAAUCCAACUGGCAAAGCUAUAUCUAGAUAGAGAUAGAGAUGUUGUUGUUUAGUCUAUGGAAGCCGCCCAGAGUGGCUGGGGAAACCCAGCCAGAUGGGCGGGGUAUAAAUAAUAAAUUAUUAUUAUUAUUAUUAUUAGUCGUGUCCGACUCUUCGUGACCCCCUGGACCAGAGCACGCCAGGCACUCCUGUCUUCCACUGCCUCCCGCAGUUUGGUCAAACUCAUGCUGGUAGCUUCGAGAACACUGUCCCACCAUCUUGUCCUCUGUUGUCCCCUUUUCCUUGUGCCCUCCAUCUUUCCCAACAUCAGGGUCUUUUCCAGGGAGUCUUCUCUUCUCAUGAGGUGGCCAAAGUCUUGGAGCCUCAGCUUCAGGAUCUGUCCUUCCAGUGAGCACUCAGGGCUGAUUUCCUUCAGAAUGGAGAGGUUUGAUCUUCUUGCAGUCCAUGGGACUCUCAAGAGUCUCCUCCAGCACCAGAAUUCAAAAGCAUCAGUUCUUCGGCGAUCAGCCUUCUUUAUGGUCCAGCUCUCACUUCCAUACAUCACUACUGGGAAAAUCAUAGCUUUAACUAUACGGACCUUUGUUGGCAAGGUGAUGUCUCUGCUUUUUAAGAUGCUGUCUAGGUAUGUCAUAGAGAUCUGAAAAUGCUGUUUGACUCUUUCACCCUUUAUCAGGAAUGGGAAGAUUUCAUUCUGACGCUGUCUGAUGCUGUCCAGCAGCAGAUGGUUGAGAGCCACAUCAAUGCCUUGCAGGACCUCUCAGAGGCAGCGAAAGGUUUUGUCCUGGAGAAAGCAGUCAGUGCCAUCCAAGGAGGUGAGAGUUUAGGAACCAGGCCUGAUCAACAGUUCACUUCUACUGGAUUUGCUGUGGGGAGGGAGGGGCUUAAGAAAUGCCACACAUGCAAGUGAAACCAGAGUUCUCUGAUAUCUGCUCAGCUUCUCCCAGGAGCAAGCUAUUCAGACUAAGCAGCCAGUCCUAAGGGAGAACCAGUGUAGGGCUUCCAAGAUCCCUAUUAGCUGCUCAGGUCACCUGGUCCUCUUGGGCUAGAGGUCUGGCUAUAGUUUCCCUUCCCUGCCACAAUCAGCAGGAGACGCUAUGGAGCAGCAAAGCUCUCAAGAGAGACCUGCGUUCAAAUCCUCACUCGGUCAGGAAGCACACUGUGUAAACUUGAGUUGUCAAUUUCAAUUUCUCUCAGUUUCUGUUCUCUUUGCCAAAUUUCCUUGUCAAUUUGCAAUUUUUUAGAAAAAGAGCCCACCCAAUCUCUUUUUAGCACACAUCUCUCCUAAUAAACACAUUUUUGUAUGAACUUUUGCCUAAUAUACAUUUUUUUUACAAGCAAUACCCCCCAGUAUAAUGCAUCUUGAUAUGACAUUUCCACUAAUAUAUGCAUUUUUUUAUGCAUGUCCUGCUAAUAAUAUGCAUUCUGUGCACAUUUGCUUGGUUGGAGGCCAACACUGAAAAUUUGGAGAAGUGUGAAUUUUGAAAGAUGGCUGCUUUCGUUCCCUAUACUAUUUCCACAAGGUGCAAAUCAGGUGUGUUAGAACCAAAAUGUCAACCAAACCAAAUUUCUUCCCUGUCCCUAGACACGGAUCUGCCCCUCCACUUUGCCCCUCCUUGAAAAGGGGAGUUAAGAAAAUGUUGUGAAAUAAUCCACUCGUUCUCUGAUAUUCUUUCAGGUGAUGCUUAUAAGGCCCUGAUGUCGCAGGUUAGCGGCUGCUUAGAGGAACAGAUUUAUUGCCAGAUCGCCCGGGAGAUUCAGGAUGGAGACAGGAGGGUGAAAAACAAGCCAGCCCUGCUGCUCAGUCACCUCAAGGAUGGAGUGGUACGGAGCUUUGCUGCUUUGUAUUCUCAGUUGGGGCAGUGUGGGGCUGACACCCACUAAGGCUGGUAGGGUGGAAGGUGUGGAGCCCAACAGUAGGUGGCGCCAGAGCCAAUGACAGGAGAGCAAACUAAUUCCCGUUUUGUCCCCAUCCUCCUUCUCCCUGCUGACUUCUGCAAGGCGCAACAGUGAGACUAAGGAGGAAGAGGAAAAGGUUAGGCAGAGUCAGCCUCUGGACUGAUGGAAGCAAGAGGACAGGGCAAGUGAGGUUGGCAAGGAAGUGCCCCUAAAGGACCCAUCAGUCAGAUCGUUGGUCCAUCUAGCUCAGUAUUACCUACACUGACUGGCAGCAGCUCUCCAGUGUUUCAGACGAGCCUUUCCCAGCCCUACCUGGCCAGGGAUUGAACCUGGAGCCUUCUGCGUGCAAAACAUUUGCUCUAACCAACUAUGCUACGAUAUCCGGUGGUUCAGCUAUUGUAGAAAAAGGAGCCUUAAUUCAGCCACGUUCAAUGAGCCAACUCCUUCCUUUCAGAUGACCUUGCUGGAGGAACGGCCAGAGCUGCGAGGGAGGCUUUGUUCUCUUUUUAACCAGCCCUUACCUGCCGAUCUGCGUCAUCUCACCUGGAAGCUUUACCUCUCUAACACGAAGGGUAUGACACGUAUCAGUUCUCUAAAACAGGCAGGCAAACACCGAAGGCAAGACCUCCAGAUGGUUUGGGCCAUCACCAGUUUGUUUUACUCAGUUUUCCCUUCUGUGAAAUGGGUUGCUUUCUUCUGCUUUUGGAGGGGCAAACAGUGGUUUGUUAUUUGGAACUAAAACCCACCCUCCACCUGGUAAACAAGUAUUUGGACAACUUACUUGGCCUUUGUGGUUAGCAAAGGUCUGGCAAUAACAUUGCUUCUGUCUGCAUAUCUGAUAAAUGGGAACCAUUCCUGGUCAGAAUGAUGGCUUUUACUUUGGCCUCUGACACCCCUACUGUCUUGUGUUAGAUGCUCAGAAAGAGGCAGGUCCCAAACUUUCCCCUUGCCAUCCCAUCAGAGAUGGAUCUUUGAGGUCUUUCCAAUGGGAGGUGAUCUCUAAGUGGGAAGCAGGAAGCAGCACGGCAGUGUGGCCCUUAUGUAUUGACAUCUAGUGACAGAUGGGCCAGAGCAGGAUUUGGGUUCAGCGACUAACUGGCAAUAUCAGAAACGACAUCGAAAUUGAUUUGCCAAAACCCGGUAAGCUUAUCACAUCCCCACCAUAAAUAUAUAAUAAUAAAUAAUAAUAAUUUUGUAUUUAUACCCUGCCCUCCCUGGUUCAGAAAACUGGGCUCAGGGCGGCUAACAACAAAUUUUAAACACUUUAUUGAUGCAACAAAAAACAGCAUAAAAUACAGUAUAUAACGUGAAUAACAAUAAAUUCAGAAUUCAAAAAUCAAUUUAGGGGGGAAAUCCAUCCAAUAAACAUUAGAUGAUCACCAGGGCUAGCUGGCUAAAUUAGUCCUAUUUGGGCCGGAGAGGAGACCAGGGGAGAAUUAGCUGUGGGAUCCCAGAGCGGGUAAUCUUCAUAAAAAGGGGAGAGGGAGGGAAGGAAGGGGAAUAAAAGAUCAGGCUAAGUUCAAGUUGAAAGCCAGGCGGAAUAGCUCUGUCUUACAGGCCCUGCAGAAGGAAGUUAAAUCCUGCAGGGCCCUGGUCUCAUGGGACAGAGCAUUCCACCAGGUCGGAGCCAUCACUGAGAAGGCCCUGGCCCUGGUGGAGAAUCAUCUGACUUCCUUGGGGCCCAGGACCUCUAAACUAUGAUUAUUCAUGGACCUUAAGGUCCUCUGCGGGGCAGACCAGGAGAGGCGGUCCCAUAAAUAUGAGGGCCCUAAGCCACAAAUAUAUGAGGGCAGACAGCACCAUACUGUCACAAUUGCAUCUCUUUAUUUGGUGGUCAGUUUAGCGAAAAUGGAAAUGAAAUGAAAUGCACCAACCAUUGCCUUUCUUCUGUUCCUUUUCUCAUUCCCAGCAAGGUUAGGGUAUCUCUCCCAUUUGGCAGCAAACAGAGCCACUUCCCAGAAGGACAGAGAGAUCUCUCUGAGGUGCCAAGCCCUGCUGGAUUCUGAGCCGAUGUUCCAGUCCUUAAAAAACCACAAGGGUAAGAAGAAACCACCACAGGAGUGACAUCAGGGCAAGGCCCAUCCAUGAGGCAGGGUGAGGCUGCCGCUUUGGGUGGCUGAACCCCAAGAGGCGGUGCCCCAUGGACACUCUUGCCCACCCUGCUGCCACUGGCAAAGAAGUGGCGGAGGCUUCCAAGAAGAUUUUGCGAGAUUAUGCCAGUAUCUUGCAGGAUCUCACAAGAACUUUGCCAUCGCUUUGUGGGUACCGCCACACAAGCCAGGUAUGGUGGGCUUCAGCAGCGGGGUGGCAAAAUAGGACGGGCCUCUCCUGGGUCACACAAAAGUAGUAAGGAAGAUUGGAGAUGGAAUGGGGGGAGGCGGACUCAAUUCAGUUUGCAUUUAAAUGUGAAUUUACCAGAUUUGCACUUUCUGAAACAAUGCAUGAACCAAAACAGCCUCUGAAGCUGGAAUGUCUCUGAAUUUUACAAUGCAGAUGAGUAAUGUGUAUAAAGAUGCAUAUAGUGGGGUGAAGUGUGCAUAUGAAUGCAUAUAAAUUGGCAAAAAUACCAUACAAAGCCACAUUGUAUUAAGGGAACUUAGUUUGGAAGAAGAAAAAGUGCGUGUUAGGAAAUGUUUAAGAGAAAUUCACUCUACAACACGGGGGAAUUUUAAUGAGGGUUUAAAACAACUAACUAACUGUAGGAAUAAUGGAGAUGACAGGAGGUUGGAUGCAGGUGAGCUGUGCAGAAGCCCGCUGGCAAGCAUGCUCCAAGCAAGCUGCCGGCUAGCUCUGCUGAGGCUCCUUUUAUUAGCAGAAGUCAACAAUUGGAAACAGUAGCGAAACCACCCUGAACUUAACAUAUUUCCAUCUAAGCACAUUUUCAGCGUUAGCAAUUACACGUGUCAGCAGGUGUUUCCCUCAAAGUUUCCCCCUGAUACUUGAUUACGUCUGCGUCCCUGAUCAUGCUCCAGCCAAACGAUAUGCCUAACAAACAAAUUGUGAGAGGACAAAAGGUCAGGGGGGAAACCCUGUUUUCUAGCCAAGAAGGUCAGGGAAAGCAGGUGUAAACGCUCCUGGACCUACUGUUGCACGUCUGGUGUGAAGUUUGCCUUCGCAAAGCGGAGCAUUACCUUCACAACUAACUAACUAGCUGAUGUCGCAAUGUGGAGAACUGAACCUAAGAUUGGAAGAACGAGGAACUGACAGUGACUUAUUUAGCCCAGAAUAUAAGAAUAUAAAGAAUAUAAGAAUAUAAGAAUAUAAGAAUAUAAAUGAGUCCUUCUGGAUCAGACCGGUGUCCCAUGUAUCCUGUUCUCACAGUGGCCAUGCAGAUGCCUGUUUUUGAGAAAAGCAAGUGUUCCUUCCCACAUGCCUAAGUUGGGAUGAAAGGAGGAAGCCAGUAGAGACCACAAACAAGACCAUGUGGCAUCAGCCCAAAGCCCUCGAGACAGAAAGGGUGGUCUAUUUCUUUGCUUUCCCUGGCAUUUCCAGUUAGCAGAAGCAACCUCUCAGUGUGGCUUCAUAUAUCCAUUAGACGCAGAUAUAUAUUGGGGAUCUGUUGCAAGCAUCUAGUCCUCAUGGAUGUGGAAGACUGCCCAAGUCCAACUUCACAUAAGCAUGAGUGUGGCUGUGUGUGUUGUUGUCACAACCAGGAAAAAAAAGAAUGUGGUGAUGGAGAGAUUCAAGGGUUGGGCUUUCUUUCCAGGUUGCAUUUCAGGGUCAGUGCUGAGAAGUGGUUCAAUAAGAAGAGCCAGCUGAAUCUGACCAAUGGCCUACCUAGUCCAGUAUUCUGUUCUCACAGUGGCCAACCAGAUUCCCCAAAGAGAAACCCUCAAGCAAGUCCCAAGCACAAGACCUCUCUCUCUCGUCCCCUGUGGUUUUCAGCUACUGCUAUUCAGAAGUAUCACUGCCUCCAAUUGUGGAGGCCAACCAUAACCAUUGUGGCAAAUAGCCUUUGCCUCCAUGAAUUUGCCUAGCCUUCUUAAAACUAUCUAGGUUGAUGGUCAUGCUGUGGCAAUGAGUUCCAUAUGUUAACUGUGCACUGCUUUUCCAAAAACCUCUCCUUAGUUGCCACACAGUGCCUGCGGAAUGUGCUUUCUUAUUACCACAAGCUUCAGGGCACCUCCACACCUCUGCGAGACCAAGAUUAUUUUCUGCCCGUGCCUCUCUUGCAAGUUAUUCUGGAUUUGGGUUCUUCCACCAGCUCUGUGGAGUCUGUUUCUGCCCUCCUGGUUGAAGAAUUUAUGUCUCUCAAGAAGCUCCAUCCUCAACUUGUUAGACUCUCCGUCUCCGUCCAGGUAUCUCCACCUCUCCACCCAUUCAUAUAGGGUUAUAAAGAAAGGUAAAGAGACCCCUGACCAUUAGGUCCAGUUGUGGCUGACUCUGGGGUUGCGGCACUCAUCUCGCUUUAUUGGCCAAGCCAGCAUACAGCUUCCAGGUCAUGUGGCCAGCAUGACAAAGCCGCUUCUGGCGAACCAGAGCAGCGCACGGAAACGGCAUCUACCUUCCCGCCGGAGUGGUACCUAUUUAUCUACUUGCACUUUGACGCGCUUUCGAACUGCUAGGUUGGCAGGAGCAGGGACCGAGCAAUGGGAGCUCACCCCGUCGCGGGGAUUCGAACCACCGACCUUCUGAUCGUCAAGUUCUAGGCUCUGUGGUUUAACCCACAGCGCUGCCCGCGUCUCUUAUAUAGGGUUUUAGGACACCCCAAUUCCUGCUGAGCAGUGCAUAGGAUUCCAGUGGCCUUGACCAUCAACCAAGGUCUCCCCCUCCCCAUAAACAUCUGGAGGGCAGCAGAUUAGGAAGCCUGUUCUAUUAAAUUAAAUUUCAUUUAGAACAGCUAAUCCAGAAUCCAAAUGGCACCACUAGACUUUAAAUAAGACUCUUUUGAUUUACUAUUUGUGGCAAAUUUCUGUCUAGGAUGCUGCCCGGGUCAGCAUAGUGGAAGAAGUUGCCUCCCUGCUGGAGCAGAGAGACAGAGAUCUGGCAAGGUUCCUGGAGAGCGUUUAUGCACAACCAGGUAAGUCUGCUUUGGGGUGCCACCUCAGUAAUCCUGUCACUAUAGGGGCAUUUCUCUUCCUAAACUUUGGGCGCAUGGUCCCUGCGCAAGGUACUCCAUUUCGUCCUCAGCAGCUACUGAGCAUGUUGACUGGCAAGUCCUGGAGUCCUCACCUUCUUAGCGUUCCCCCUCUAUUUUUGCUUUUCAUCUGCAAAUUUUGGGGUUUCCCUGAGCUGGCUUACUCUUCCCUUUUGAGUGUGGAUGGUGGUUUCUUGGAUGCCUAAGUAACGUCACUCACCUUUGAGCGCUGAAAAUAAAAGGACCACCAAUUCUGUAUAAGGAAGCUUAACGUCUCUUGCACAAAACAAAUGAAAUACCAUGAAAAUCCCUGAAACGAGAAGUAAUUGACUAAAAAUAUUAUCUUGUGGAAAUAAACUAAAUAAUAAAAAUCCUAAAGUCCUACUUUCAUGAUGAUCCUGCUGAUAUGAAUGCCUUCAGCUCCAACUUCUGUAGAAGAGAUGGACUACAAUUCACACGGAUCUCUGGGAAGAGAUAUUGGUGGCUAAACCACUCUGGGAAUUGUAGCUGUGGGUGUGGAAUACGAGUCUCCUAGCAACUCUCAUCACCCAUGACGAACUACAGUUCCCAGCAUCAUUUGGGGAAAGCCAUGACAUGAAAGUAGUAGAAAAAAGACAGUCACGGAAAUGAGAAAUUGCACAAAACAAAUGAAAUACCAUGAAAAUCCCUGAAACGAGAAGUAAUCGACUAAAAAUAUUAUCUUGUGGAAAUAAACUAAAUAAUAAAAAUCAAAAAGUUUAAGGAAAAAAUUAGAAAAACCUAAAAUUGAACAAAGCCUUAAUAAAAAAAGUUUAAGGGGGGAAAAAUAGAAAAACCUAAAAUUGAACAAAGCCUUAACGGGAUGCCGGCUACAAACCCCAUCUCACUGAACUAUUCAAUUUCCUCAGAAGGAAAUAGAAAAAUCAUAAAUGAUGAAAAUUGAAAAAAAUUCAUAAGGCAACAGAUUUCAGAUGGUUUGAUGGUUUGAUGAAGCCUUUUUGAUUAAGGCUUUGUUCAAUUUUAGGUUUUUCUAAUUUUUUCCCUUAAACUUUUUAAUUUUUAUUAUUUAGUUUAUUUCCACAAGAUAAUAUUUCUAGCCGAUUACUUCUCGUUUCAGGGAUUUUCACGGUAUAUCUUUUGUUUUGUGCAAUGACAAUUGAAAGUGGCACCACCAAACUUGGAUUUGAUAUUGAGAAUUGUUCCGUAAGCUGCUUUGAGAGCCUCUUGGGACUACAAAGCGGGAUGUAAGUGCUGUAAAUAAAUAAUAAUCAUCAUAUACUUGUAGAAUCCCACAUCUUUGCUGUUUUCCAGAGGAAGACCCCAGAGACACCUUACUCAAGGGACUGAGCCACAUGAUCCAGCCGGCUAUUGACACUCUGCUUGCUGGUGAGAUGCACUUCUUGGCAUACAAAAAAAAGAUCAAAAAAAAAUUGAACCUGGAGCUGAGACUGGGAAUUGGGAGGUUGUUGUUGUUGUUUAGUCAUGUCCGACUCUUUGUGACCCCCUGGACCAGAGCACGCCAGGCACUCCUGUCUUCCACUACCUCCCGCAGUUUGGUCAAACUCAUGCUGGUCGCUUCGAGAACACUGUCCCACCAUCUCAUCCUCUGUCGUCCCCUUCUCCUUGUGCCCUCCAUCUUUCCCAACAUCAGGGUCUUUUCCAGGGAGUCUUCUCUUCUCAUGAGGUGGCCAAAAUCUUGGAGCCUCAGCUUCAGGAUCUGGCCUUCCAGUGAGCACCCAGGGCUGAUUUCCUUCAGAAUGGAGAGGUUUGAUCUUCUUGCAGUCCAGGGGACUCUCAGGAGUCUCCUCCAGCAUCCAUUCUUCUGCGAUCAGCCUUCUUCAUGGUCCAGCUCUCACUUCCAUACAUCACGACUGGGAAAACCAGAGCUUUUACUAUAACGGACCUUUGUUGGCAAGGUGAUGUCUCUGCUUUUUGAGAUGCUGUCUAGGUUUGUCAUUGCUUUUCUCCCAAGAAGCAGGCGUCGUUUAAUUUCGUGACUGCUGUCAUCAUCUGCAGUGAUCAUGGAGCCCAAGAAAGUAAAAUCUCUCACUGCCUCCAUUUCUUCCUCUUCUAUUGCCAGGAGGUGAUGACCUGCAAAGCAUAGUGAUGGCCACCAGCUUGGGUGGCUUUAAAAGAGGACUAGGCAGUUCAUGGAACAGGAUAAGGCUGUCAAUAGCUACUGUACUAGUCACAAGGCUGUGUGUUUCCUCCUCAAUCAAAGGCGGUCAUGCUUCUGAAUACCAGUUUCUGGAAACUCCAGGAAGGAGAGUUGCUCUUGUGCUUGGGGCCCUGAUUGGAGAUUUCCUACUGGGGCAUCUUCUUGUACACUGUGAAAACAGGAUGGGUUGGUCCAGCAGAGCUCUUCUUUUGUAUUUUGAUUCUCUCGUUCCUCACCACAGCAAAACCCCUCAUAGUGCACCUGCAUGAGAGAGAGAGAGAGAGACGUAGGAAGCUACUGCCAGGCAAUCUAGCCCAGUAAUGUCUGCACUGACUGGCAGCAGCUCUCCAAGGGUGCAGAAGGAAGGCAUUCUCAGUCCUACCUUGAGAUGCCAGGGAUUGAAUUUGGGACCUUCUGCAUGUUGGUUAUUUCGCAGAUUAGUCGGGCUGCAGAAGGCGUGCUGGGGAGACCACACAUUCAAGAAACGCAAAAGUAACUUUUGCUUGGUUUAAUAACAAAUAACAAAAACUCCUUUUACACUGAAUUUCAUUAUAUCAAUAAGUGUAACCCAUCCACCAGGGUACAGUGGUACCUCAGGUUAAGUACUUAAUUCGUUCUGGAGGUCCAUUCUUAACCUGAAACUGUUCUUAACCUGAAGCACCACUUUAGCUAAUGGGGCCUGCAGCUGCCGCCGGAGCACGAUUUCUGUUCUCAUCCUGAAGCAAAGUUCUUAACCCAAGGUACAGUGGUACCUCGCAAGACAAAUGCCUCGCAAGACAAAAAACUCACUAGACGAAAGGGUUUUUUGUUUUUUGAGCUGCUUCGCAAGACGAUUUUCCCUAUGGGCUUGCUUCGCAAGACGGAAACGUCUUGCAAGUUUGUUUCCUGUUCUUAACACCGUUAAUACAGUUGCGACUUGACUUCGAGGAGCAACUCCUAGAACGCGGUGUGGUAGCCUUUUUUUUGAGGUUUUUAAAGACUUUGGUGAUUUUUGAAGCUUUUCCAAAACUUUCCCAACACCGUGCUUCGCAAGACGAAAAAAAUCGCAAGACGACAAAACUUGCGGAACGAAUUAAUUUCGUCUUGCGAGGCACCACUGUACUAUUCCUGGGUUAGUGGAGUCUGUAACCUGAAGCGUAUGUAACCCGAGGUACCACUGUACUGAGAGAGCUACAUGCUGCUCUUUAUAUACUAUGCCCAACAGCUUAAUUAACAUAACAGCACCUGCUAUACUGCUUCACAGCUGUAAAACUAGGUCAUGUUAUUUGCUCUGGCCCUUAAAGGCAUACACAUCUUGUGAAACAAUAAUGAAAACUAAAAUUUAAAGAAACCAUUCAACACUGCAUACAAGCUGGACGCUCCACCACAAGCCACAGACCUUCCAAAGUGUUCGUUAUGCCUCAGGGAAGCUAGUGAGAUGCUCUUCCACUUUUGCUUUGUUUGCAGGCUACUUAAACAUGGAUACUCUUUUGUACAUCUGGGACCAGAUUAUCCUGGGACUGGAGCGGCCGUCGUACAACUGUCUCCCUGUGUUCACCACCAUUUUUGUCCUCCUGCUCCGUGGCCGGCUACUCACGUGUCAAUCCGUAUGCACAGCCUGAUGAAAUCUAAUGCCACAACUGUUUUACAAAGCAUUGUUAAAGUUGUCCAGUGGAUCCCCUGAUGGGGACCUUGUAUAGAAAUGAAUUCUCUCCUCCACAAGAAUUGAGUUUCAAAGCUUUGCUGCAGAACAGAUUUAAUAAGAUAAACGUUACAAAAUAACCAAGCAAUGGGAUUCAGUCCUUCAUGCUGUUCAGUAAACGGUCCUCUCUCUGGUCCCAGGGGGAGAUCCUAAGCUUGUUCAUCACUGCAGAACUUCUCUGCAACCGCUGCUACUAGCUGUCACCAACAAGCACACACUGGCUUCUCACGUUUCCAAUUCCAAUAUAAGGUAGUUUAGCUCAUUGAAAUGGAAAGAUGCCAACCUUCUCUGACGCUUUUGCCAGAGUGAAACUUCUUGGCCACGGUAAACUUCCCUUUGUAGCAUUUUAAAUACAAUGCAUUUAAAUACCACGUUUUAUGUACAUUAGACAUGUAACUUCAACAAGUUCGGUAUUGCAUUAAAUGCUGGAAUAAUAUAGAAUUGGUAUGGGCAAGAAUCAGGGGCGAAUGGGGCUACAGCCUAAGAUUAUGGAACAUUGUUCUAGUGGAGAUCUGUCCAUCUGUAUGUGGGGGAAAGCUGUAGCUCAGGGGAAGAGUAAUUGCCUUCAUGCAGAAGACCCCAGUUCAAUCCCUGAUAUCUCUAGGUAUAGCUGCGAACAACUCUUGUUUGGAACCACAAAUGCCUUUUUGGGGAGAACAUUCUACAAGCAGGGAGCCACCACUGAAAAGGUCCUGUUCUCGUGUCACCACCCUCCAAAAAUUCUAACAUUCCUAUGACUUUCUUACUUCGCCAUCUUUGUAUGUACAAUCAUACCUUGGUUUUCGAACAGCCUAGUUCUCGGAUGUUUUGGCACCCGAACAAUCAAAACCCAGAAGUGACUGUUCCAGUUUUCAAACAUUAUUUUGAAAGCUGAAUGUCCGACGGGGUUUCCGCAGCUUCUGAUUGGCUGCAGGAGCUUCCUGCAGCCAAUCAGAAGCCGUGCUUUAGUUUUUGAACACUUUGGAAGUUGAAUGGACUUGUGGAAUGGAUUCCAUUCGACUUCCAAGGUCUGAUUGUAUUAUCUGUUGUUUAGAAAGUUUCUUCUAAACUCUGCCAUGGAUUUAAAUUUUGGCUUUUGUGUGGCUUUGUUUUUAAAAUUGUUUUAACGGCUGCUGCUUUUUGGGGGUGGGGGAGCAAAAGCCCUUCUGUUUCUAAGAGGAUUUUUGUUUGCCCUACCUUUGAGGACCACCUUUGGUGCCCCACCAGCCACCAUUGAGCAAUUUUACCCACCCACCUUCCCUGCCUUUUACUGCAGCCAGUGGAAUUGAAAGCAACACUGAAAACCUGGGGACCGUCUCUGCUUGUGCAAGAGUUCCAAGACAUGAUGGGGAAACACUUCUUUGAAGAUUUGUACAGCCAGUUGCUUGGCGGAAACAAGGAACCCACCCCGAUCCAUGAUCCUACCCAAAGUAAGGCCUUGACGGGCGUCUUCUGCUCAGGCUCACUCCUUCCUCUCAGCCUCAAAACAUUUACCUGUCAAUCAAUUAAUCAAUUUAUUAUUUUUAUUUAUUCAGUUUGUAUACCGCCCUCGACCUGAGGAUCACAGGGCGGUUUGCAACAGAAAAAUACAAAAUGAGAACACAAUAUACAUAAGAAAGAAAGAAAGAAAGAAAGAAAGAAAGAAAGAAAGAAAGAAAGAAAUAACAGUCAAUAGAAGAAAAAUAAAUAUCAAUCAAUAAGUAUAUUGUGCUAGCCAAAGGCCAAGACAAUUACAUUACAAAUACCAAAAUACAAACACAGCAGUAAUACAGUAAAUGUUAAUGAUAUAGGAGAGAAAAAUCAGAUGUGACAUCAGCUGACUCAAGAUUAAAAGUUCCCAAAACAAUUUAUAGUAAUAUGAUCUAACUUUCUCUUCCUAGUCUUUUUUUGCAGUCAGCCUGAACAAAUACAUUUUUCCCACCUUUGUCCCUCAGCAGUUGUAAGGCAAGGCAACAAAUUGCAAAGCAAGAUUUUUAAAAUACAGAAUAAUAACAUUUUUAAAAAGCAGCCAAAUAAGAGCCAUAAUAAAAAGUAUGCAAAGCAGUCAAGAGAGCAGACCUAAAGGCUUGGACUGGAGCAGAAGACACCCCUUUGUAUCAUCCAGAAUGAUCCCCCAAGCCUAUCACAGUAUUUUACAUACUGCCUAUUACAUUCUGUCUCCAGGCAGAGCCAAAGAUAAAAAUAUAAAACCGCAGUAAAAUGGUAAUUGUUCCAUCAUAGCAGUAAGCCACUGAAGCAGUAUACAAGGUAAGAAGGAAGAAUUAAAGCACACGUGCUCUCUCUAAAAAAAAUAAAAUCAUCUCAGCAACUAUUGUUUGCAAAGGUAUCAUUGGAGGUAUCAUUUACAGUGAAGCAGUAUACAGUUUUGGUUAAUAAAUAAAUCAAAUUCUCCCCCACCCCAGCUCCAAUCAAGCCAUUUCUGCAGACACACAAUUAAUAUUUCAUAAAAUGACUCGGUCACUCCAGGGAAAGUGCUUUUAAACUAAAAUGCCUUUGGCAGGGGCCAAAACAUCACAACUCUCUAAUAUGGGCUACGAAUCCCUGCGACGGGGUGAGCUCCCGUUGCUCGGUCCCAGCUCCUGCCAACCUAGCAGUUUGAAAGCACGUCAAAGUGCAAGUAGAUAAAUAGGUACCGCUCCGGAGGGAAGGUAAACGGCGUUUCCGUGCGCUGCUCUGGUUCACUGUGCUGGUCACAUGACCCGGAAGCUGUACGCCGGCUCCCUCGGCCAAUAAAGCGAGAUGAGUGCCGCAACCCCAGAGUCGGCCACAACUGGACCUAAUGGUCAGGGGUCCCCUUUAUCCUUUACCCUUACUGAUUCCAGAGGGCUGGCGCUGCGACACUAACAAGCUUGGUUUCUAGGACCUGCUAAGCUUGGGCAGCUGUGGGGAGCAUGCAUUAUCUCAGCAUUGCCCAAUCUCUUGAGAUGUGCAGGUGCCGGAAUGGGGUAAAGGGGGUGAGAUGCAUAAAAGACAUCUGAUAAUCAUCUCGAGGACACAUGGCAUGAAACUCUAGUGGCGGGGGGGGGGGAGAAGAGGGGAGAGAGCUUCCAGAUUGCACAGGUACAUUUUCAAAACAUGCUGGAAUUUUAUCAGCUUUUGUGCCUGUCAUUCCAUGUGUCAUUCAAAGGUAUGGGGCAGGAGAGCCGAUCAUAGCUGUCAACCGUCCUUUAUUUGGCGGGAAAGUCCCUUAUCCCAGCGCCAUGUCCCGCUGCUGUCCCUUAUUGAUGAUGUCCCUUAAAUUUCCCGGGUUUCAAAGGAAGCAGCUCCUCUCCCUCCCUCCCUGCCGGCCAGGGAGGCUCCAACUGUGUUGUUUGGCUGCGUUGUUCACCCAAUAAGGAGUCUAAGAAAGACUGGGGGGUGGAGCUUGCAUGCCUUGUGCUGAUCAAAACGGCCGCAUUGCCUGGGGACUCGCCUUUGCUCAGCGCUUCCCAGCGGAGAGGUGACGGUGGCUUUCCUUGCUGCAUCCCCAUUGCUGGGUUGCUGCGCUGUGGGAACCACCGCUUGAGGCUUUGUUUGGCUGCUGGCUGGGCUUUCUGCCUUUGGCUUGGAGGGGCUCAGAAGUUGAACAUACCUGUGCUUGGAAAAUCCCUUAUUUUGGCUGCUGAUCCCUUAUUUUCGAGGCUGCUGGUCCCUUAUUUUCAAAUCUGUAAGUUGACAGCUAUGUAGCCGAUUAACAUUCAUUAUUUCUCUUUCCCUCCCACUUUGAGCUUUUCCUCCGUGGCGCUACAGAGAUUUCCAAGCGGUACCACCUCCAAGGACAAGGCCAGAAGACAGGAGGCAAGCAAGGUGCUUAAGGGGCGUCCUCUUGCUCCAGGGCCCCACGAAAGGCACAAGGGAAGGGGGUGCAGUUCAGUAUCCUCAGGACCUCCAGGUGGGGUUGGAACGGUCCCCUGCCAGAACCCCUGGAGAGCUGCUUCCACUCAGUGUAGACAAUACUGAGCUAAACUGACCAAGGGUCUGGCUCUCUUCCUAUUUAAAUCAGCCCACGGUUCAGAACCAUGAGGACUGGGAUUUUGUUGUUUUGCCUCACUUUGCCUAACUGUAGAGCUGACCAGCCCUGGCAAGGACCCAGAACGUACCUAGUGCUUUUUAAUCCUUUUUUGCCAAUAAUAGUAGUAGUAAUAAUAAUAAUAAUAAUUUAUUUAUUUAUACCCUGCCCAUCUGGCUGGGUUUCCCCAGCCACUCUGGGUGGCUUUCAAGAGAAUACUAAAAUACAAUAACCUAUUAAACAUUAAAAGCUUCCCUAAACAGGGCUGCCUUCAGAUGUCUUCUAAAUGUCUGGUCAUUGUUUUUCUCUUUGACAUCUGGUGGGAGGGCAUUCCACAGGGCGGAUGCCACCACCGAGAAGGCCCUCUGCCUGGUUCCCUAUAACCUCACUUAUCGCAGCGAGGGAACCGCCAGAAGGCCCUUGGCGCUGGAUCUCAGUGUCCGGGCUGAACGAUGGGGGUGGAGACGCUCCUUCAGGAAUACUGGACCAAGGCCAUUUAGGGCUUUAAAGGUCAACACCAGCACUCUGAGUUGUGCUCGGAAACGUGUGAAUGCGCGCUUGUGUCAUUCUGGUCCUCUCCCACUCCUUUGGAGCAUCGGUGGCAUUUUUGAGGCUCGCCUGAGGGCACGGAAAGACGGGGAGGGAGAAUACGUACAGCAAACAGGGCACGUCCUGAUUUUCAGAGAGGAGCCUCAGUUGCUGGAAGAGCAACGCCUUGAGAGGGCACAACAGGAACAGAGACUUCAAAGGUUCAGAAUGGAAGAACAGAAGAGGUAAGACUUUUCCUGUCAGCAGCAUUUGCAGCUACCCACAUUCUCAGCUAAUAAGAGUCCCCAGCAUAGCAUCAGUCGGCACCCAAAAUACUUUUGCCCCAUUCUUAUUUUUAAAUCGAGGGGUUGCUUUUUUAAUUAUUGGGGGAGGGCAUUCCUUGGUUGAGAUGUUGCCCGUUGUUGCUUUGUGGGAUGGACUGCAUUUCUAUCUAUGUUUUAUUUGUUUGAAAAUGCAUAUAAGUGCUUGGGGGGGUGUGGCAGGGAGCUCAGAGCACCCCAGUUUUUCACUUCUGUGAAAUGGGCAUAUUGUAGUGUUUCUUAGAUUUCCAAAUGUGCCAGAAAAAUUGAGCUGAGAGACGAGAUGGUACUCUGCUAAGACUUUGCUCCUGGCUGUUUUAACCAUUCCCCUACAGCGUAAGGGUCGGGAGAAAUUGGGCACCCAUAUCUGAUUUAAUUUCCUGGGAGUUUCUCUGCAACAUUUUUCUUUAAUGGACUUGCAGGCAACAAGAGAUGAGAUUCCUGCAGCUUUUAGAGGAGAAUAAGAGAAAAUUUGAAAUGCAGAAGGUCCAUUUGGAAGAUCAGCUGUCCCAGGUAUUUCCUUCCAACCGUGGAAUAAAGAUUAAGAGAAACACAAUCAAUUUACGUAGACGGUUGGGGUGUCCUGGAGAAAGGGCGUGUGCCAACCCCACUGGCUUAACCAUGGACUUUCUGGGUGGGCCACUCUGUUCAUUACUCUCUCUUGUCCUCUCAGUUCCCCAUCUGUAAAUUGGGUUUAUUAAGGGCACAGCCUCACACAAUGAAACACGAAUCUGCAUAAUAAACAUAAUUGCAUUGUGCUGAUUAAGCAGAGCUGUACCAUUUGAGAUUUCAUAGCUGCACUCACUAGCAUAGCUGGGGGCGGGCGGGGGGGGGUGUAAUAAAAAAUUUAAGGUCAUAUAUAUAUAUGAUAAAUGUUUAUAAAUGUACCAACCAAGCACAAACAUAGAUAUGUGGACCACAUGUCUGGAGCAGCACAGGAAGACCGUCCUGAAACCAUUUUGACUCCCAAACUGACCAGAUGUUUUCUCUGCAAGGAAGGAGGGGGUGAGGGAACCUUUCCAUUGUCUCAGGAAUUGGGAAAUCACCAUCUCAAAGGAACUGGCAGACUACCAGGAAAGGCAAUCAGAUAAGGCAUUAUCAGAUAACCUGGCAGACAGGAAAAACAACAACAUUCAAAUUUCUGUUGUAGACCACCUUUUCUGUGAUGUAGGUAUGAUGUUUGUGGGGGGUGGUCUUGGGUUACACCCCUUCUGUGAUGUAUGUAUGAUGUAUGGAGGGGUGGUCUUGAGCUCCAGGGCAGGGAAUUAAAAAUGUCUAUAUUAGGGCAGGCACACCUUUGUCCUCCUCCAUCCUCCUGCGUGUGACGGGAGCACCCUGUUGCAACAGUUUUAAUAAAGAUCAGGCUUACUAGCUGCUUUGCUUCUCAAUAUUCUCUGGUUGGCCUCUGUUAUUUUCUCCUACCAAUAGGGAACCCAUGCAAGGACUCUAUAUGGGCUCUUGGAUACCCCAUAAGGGGAAAAGGGCAGAUUUUGUUUACAACACGUGCACUGGGCGGCCACUUACCACAGGGUGUGUGCUGCAGCGCACCCGUGUCUCUCCUGGGAGUGUCGCAGUGGCUCAGGCACCUGCAGGCACCUGGGCUUGCGUCUGCUUGCCGCCUCCCCUUCAGCUGGAGGGUGGUUGAGGGGGAGGCGGGUGGGCUGAGCAGACUCCACGCAGACUCUGGCACCCGAGCGGCUAGCUAUGCCACUGACUGCACUUGAGAAGAAUAGACAAUCAGGCCUAGGGUCUGGGGAGCUGGAGGACUGUAGUACUUUACCCUGCAUUUGGAUGUUGAAGAAUGAGGAGAGCUAGGGACACUUGGCCUAGAGGCAGAGUAGGACUGUACCACUAGGCUGCUAGACUGGUGACUGGGAGCGGCCGCCGAAACCAUAUAACACCGGUCUUGAAAGACCUACACUGGCUCCCAGUACGUUUCAGAGCACAAUUCAAAGUGUUGGUGCUGACCUUGAAAGCCUUAAACGGCCUCGGUCCAGUAUACCUGAAGGAGCAUCUCCACGCCCAUCGUUCAGCCUGGACACUGAGGUCCAGUGCUGAGGGCCUUGUGGCAGUUCCCUCAUUGCGAGAAGCCAAGUUACAGGGAACCAGGCAGAGGGCCUUCUCAGUGGUGGCGCCCACCCUGUGGAAUGCCCUCCCACCAGAUGUCAAAGAGAAAAACAACGACCAGACUUUUAGAAGACAUCUGAAGGCAGCCCUGUUUAGGGAAGCUUUUAAUGUUUAAUAGACUAUUUUAUUUUAAUAUUCUGUUGGAAGCCACCCAGAGUGGCUGGGGAAACCCAGCCAGAUGGGCAGGGUAUAAAUAAUAAAUUAUUAUUAUUAUUAUUAUUAUUAUUAUUAUCACUUUAGCCUGCAUUUGGGCACUCAGGAGGCAGGAAAGUGAAGUACAGUAGAGUCAAUGUACGACAGUACCAAUUCAGCCUCCAUUCGAGCACUCAGGAGGUAUGAAAUCUCUCUCUCCCCACCUCCAAAGUUUUAACAACUACAAUUUGGCACCUUUCAGGAGAGACAGGUCCGCUACGAAAUGCAAAUGAAGGCAGAGGAGGAGAUAAGCAGGCUGCAGGCUGAACUGCAGAGACUUGCUGUGGACAGGAAGAUGGUAAUAUUUUCUUUUUCAAAAUGAAGUUUUGUUUUAAUGAGCUCACCCACUGCUAACUACUAAUGCCCAGGGAACUUGUAGACGGAAGCAAGGCAGUCCACUGUGAUGGAGAUGGUUUGCCCAAUAGCCUGGAGCUGGGAGUUUCUAUACUGGAAAACAUGCAUCUGUUUUGACAAUCUUGCUCACUGUCCCUGCCAUGGCAAAUGAUCAAGUCAGGCUCUGGCUAGCAAGCCUGUCUAUGUUCCGGCAUCCUAGACUUCAGCAUUUUGGACAUCUGCAUUUUAACUCCCGUGCCUUGGGUCUUAAAACAAACUUGGGUGCCCCAAGGAGAUCCUGUCGCUUACGCAGAUUUUAAUACUGUCCUUCCAUAUUUUUCUUGCAGCCUUCACCUGACACCUAUUCCGCUGGAAGGUAAGGUUCUGUCCAGGCAUGCAAAGGUACACCCCGCAACUUAGAAACAUAAAGUCAGAAUGUGCCCACAGUGAUCCCAAAGGGAAGGGGCAGCAUAAUUGUGUUGACUUUGGCAACAGGCCUGCUUCCCUUGCAUCUGAGAACUGGUGCCUCCCCUUCACAAAUGGGCAAAGGGAUUUGUAAAAAGACUUACUGAGCACCUGAUUUCCUGCUUUGCAGUCUCCUCGCCCCUGCACCUUCCCUGCAGUCCCAGACGCCAUCUCAGACUUCCCUGCCUCAUUCUUGCCUGUCAGACACAGGUUAGUGAAAAGCAUUUGCGGGUAUUAAUCAGGUAUUAUUGAGAUUUGCUAUUUGAUUCCAACACUCUCCCUAAUUGCCUGUGAUGAACAGGAAUCACUUCCAGCCAAGCAGGCAGGGAAGCUUAUUAAACUGACAGAUAAUUGGAUGUGUGCUUUAGAUGCUAAUGUGCCACAAAUGAACAGCAUAGGCCUGCGAAAGCAAAGAGGCCUAGCAAUUUUUUGUUCUUGUUGACCAGCAUAUAAACAUUUGCAAAUCUGAGACUGAAAUAACUCUGGAUACAGGCAACCCACUGGGCAAAAAAGCAGGAUGUAAGGUUAAAUAGAGUAAUCAUAUCUCAUAAUUUGGCUUUUGCUUUUCAACGUUUCACAGUUGCUGCACAUCAGAAACACAAAACCGCCGAUGGAGACACCAUUGCCUUCAAACUGCUGAAGCACAUGAUGGAGGCAGCCAGCUCAAGUAAGCAAAAGUUGUCUGUAAUGCAAAUGCUGGCAUCUGUGGAACUCACUGCCGCUGGAUGUCGCUAAUACAGUGAUACCUCAGGUUAAGAACUUAAUUCGUUCUGGAGGUCCGUUCUUAACCUGAAACUGUUCUUAACCUGAGGUACCAUUUUAGCUAAUGGGGCCUCCCGCUGCCACUGCCCCGCGAUUUCUGUUCUCAUCCUGAAGCAAAGUUCUUAACCCGAGGUACUAUUUCUGGGUUAGCAGAGUCUGUAACCUGAAGCGUCUGUAACCCAAGGUACCACUGUACAAUGUAUUUUUAAAAUGAGCUCCUUCCGUCCCUCUCCCUCUCUUUCUCAAAUGAAAACAGAAGUCAGGCUGAAAAGGAUAAAAAGUAACAUCCAGUAGCCAAAGCUGACUGAGACAAAACAUGCAGCUGUGUGUAAACUUACUUUAAGUUAAUGCAACUAAAAUUGAACAUUAUCAAGAGACACAUUCCCUGGACAAAAAUGUGCCUAGGAGCAGGGACACACAUACUGGUUUAUAAAAUAACAAACAACACAGUGCAGAUUGUUGUUUUUCAUCCUUUCUCGUUUUACUAAAACUUUAUUCAGGGUCAAGUUUAAAGGCUUUGGGGAUGGAGGCACUGGAAGCUGAUCCACUGGGGCAAAAGGGGAACUGCCCCACCAACCUGUUGCCCCCACCUCCCUGCCUUCUUACAACCAGUCCAGGGGGUUGCCUUGCCUGCCUCCUCCUUAGUCUCAGUACUGUCCAAUGUAGAACUGAGCAGGGAGGAAAACAGGGACAAAACUAGAAUUAGUUGGCUCUGCCUGUCACUAGCGCUCGCUCUGUCUGCUUUGAGGCUCCUGACCCUCCUCCCACCAGCACUCGUGAUGCUCCCUUCAUUCUCUUUACCCAGAAACGUCUUAAGGGACAUCACAGACCACAGGCAAGGAACACAAAAUGUGUCUGCAUGCAUUGGGCAGCCUGAAGAGUGAGGCUAUCGCCAUUUUCAUGGAAGAUAAGCGACACCUUCUGGUCAGAGAUGCAACUAUUUCAGUACAAUACUCCUUGGUGGAAGACUUUGAGAUUCUUUGAGGGUUUAUGCUUUGCAGAAGUGGAUCCAAACUAUUACCAUUUUCCAUCCCACUAACCUGCCUGGAAUCCUACUGAGGUAGCAUCAAUCUGCCAGAAAGUUUCCAGUUUGUAAUCUCCAUGAUCCAGGGUCACCGCGCAAAUCUGCUACACCCGUAUUGCCUAAGCCAGGGGUCAGCACACUUUUUCAGCAGGGGGCCGGUCCACUGUCCCUCAGACUUUGUGGGGGGCUGGAAUAUAUUUGGGGGGGGGAUGAAAAAAUUCCUAUGCCCCACAAAUAACCCAGAGAUGCAUUUUAAAUAAAAGGACACCUUCUACUCAUGUAAAAACAUGCUGAUUCCCAGACUGUCCGCAGGCCGGAUUUAGAAGGCGAUUGGGCCGGAUCCAGCCCCUGGGCCUUAGUUUGCCUACCCAUGGCCUAAGCCAUCCAAGAUUUCACCUGGUGGCUGGGAGUUCUGUUUCAUUUUGCGUGGCGUGUGUGUGUAGCUCUACCAAUGCUCAAGGUCAUCCUUUUGGAAAGGGUCAGGAAAAACCUCCAUGGAGAACUGGGCUGUCAUUGGCUUCUUAGUUGUGAUAGCUAAAUCAGACCUCCAUGUUGAGAGGCACCCUUAUCUCCUAAUAGCAGAUUUUAGGAAUGAACCAUAGGGGGCAGCCCUUGCUGUCACACCCCAAUUGUAAGGUCUGGGUGGCAUCUGGAUGGAGAUAGUGCGCUAGAUUCAAGCUGCACCUCACCCACCAAGACUAUCCCUGUAUUCCAUCUGAAAUUGGAAUGAGAAGCUGGACCCUACUAGUUACAUUGCGACAGCCUGAGCCACAAACUAGUUAAGUGAGAGUGUCAUAGAUUUAAACAGGUUGCAACCUAGGUGUCUACUAUCCAGAAAGUAAUUGUGUUUCUUUUAGUUGUUAACGGUUCGAGCACCGAGGAAAGGGAACGCUUGGAUGCAGCCACAAGGGAGCAUAUUCGGGACUACAAUGAAGAUGAGAAGAAUGCAAAGGUAUUUUGAAGCAUUCUCUCAUUGCCUGCCUUUUAUAUUUUUAUGGUAUAUAUAUUUUUAUAGCAACAGAAAGGAACAAAGUCCUGCUGGACCAGGCCGAUAGCUCAUCCAGCCCAGUGUCCUGUGGCCAAGUAGCCUGAGAACAAGGCCUAACAGUAACUCUCCACAUUUGUGACUCCCCAGCAACUGGCAUUCAGAGGCAUUCUGCGCCUGAAAGGAUAGAUGGAACACAGCCAUCAAAGCUAGUAGCCAUUGGAAGCCUUAAACCUCCACAGAUUUAUCCCAUCUUCCCAAUGCAUUAUUAGGAGGGCCGAGAUAGAAAAAUUAUUCCGAGAUUUGUCAUUUUUAUAGGGAUAAAAAGCAUGACAUACUAGGGGCUGCCACCCCGCUUGCUAACCCCACAUACCCCUUUGCCCUUCCCCCACACUGGACCAAACCUCCCUCCCUCUACGCUUCACCCCUGCCCCAAGUUCCACCCAUUCUUAAAGGUGAGAGGCAUUUCACAGCACCUCCCUCCCUCCAUUAAACAGCUCGCCUGGGCUGGGCAUGCCAGCUGGCUAUUCCAGUACCUUAUGUAACAAUACAUUGUGUAUAUAAAACUUUUUUAUAUAUUAGGGACAUGACACGAACCUGCUUCCCAGCCUGCCUUUACUAAUCCAACUCCCCCUACUUUGCCCCACUGACCAGGUACCCUGGCCUAACUCCUUCCCACAGCCUUCUUUCCCUAAGGCCAGGUGUGGGGAAUGCUUUUCAAUGACACACACCAGGCAGGCAGAAAGUUGAGGACUGCAAAGCAUUAUGGAUUGUUGUUGUUUAGUCGUGUCCAACUCUUCGUGACCCCCUGGACCAGAGCAUGCCACGCAUUAUAGAUAGUUACAAGAUAAAAGCUGCUGUGAAGGCCACAUAAAGCUUCCAGGCUUGUGGUGCCACACCUCUGCUUUUCACAUUCUAUACAAGCCACAUAAGCACUUGCAACAAACAGCAACUGCUGCCACAUUUCUGUUUCUUGUUGCCUCCAUAGAUUGAGAUGUUUGGUUAUGAAAUCAGUGAAGAUGAAAUAAACAACAUCCCAGAAGCCAGAAGGAAAGACGUGAGAAAGAAACUAGAGCAGGCACUCCGACGAGGGGCAGAAGCUCGUUACAUGGCAGCCAGAGGAAGGGGUUUACCAGCUUUUAUUACCCACAUGGAUGUGUUGUGAUCGGUGUGCCCUUGUUACACAAGCAGAGCCUUUGGAAUCCAUAAACCUGGUUAAUAAUCUGCUACUGAGCAUUGCUUUUAUCAAGUGCAUUGUGCUACAGGUACACCUCCCACUGAGCAAGUAUUAGCCUCUUUGGCUACUGAAGGAAAUGUCCUCAAAGUCACCUAGGGCACCAAUGGAGAACCUAAUUAGGCCAAGCCGUGUGCACACACCCCAUUGAUCUGAUGGCAUGCGAGACAUCAGAGGUGGGACAAGGAGUUUGCAGGUGUAAUAGAAAAGGCAAGCAGGUCACCUGACAUAAUUGUGAAUCCUCCUGGGCCUCAAUCUGGCACUGCAGAGAACCACUGAAGUAGACAGCCUUUAUUUAUAGAGCUGUGGGUACGCAUUAAGUUACAUUUGAGAUAAGGCA